AUGUUCCAGGAUGAAGAAACCGACCUCGAAAAGGCCGAGAAGAUCAUGGAUGCCGUGAGCUCGAGCUCCGAGAAGCCCGAGGAUUUCGUGAUGAUCAUGAUUCAUUCAAACAAUUACUUUGUAGACAGCGACAUCGACGUGCCGAAGGGCCCGGAUUCGGCAUCGGAGAAGGAUGCGCAAAGCGACUCCGACAUCCACAGCGAUGUUGAGGGCCCCGGGACAUCGUCCAAGGAGGAGGAUCCGGGAAGCGACAGCAACGUGGAGUCGAAGAAGCUGGGCCGCCGCGGCCCACGUCUGAAGGAUUUCGCAACUGACACCGACUGGGCCCGGGCAUUUGUGGAGUCACAGAACUCACGAUCGGAGAAGGAUGGACCAAGCGACAGCGACAUGGAGCCGAAGGGGCCGCUGGGUUCGGCAUCCGAGAAGGAAGGACGAAGCGCCAGCGAUAUCGAGCCGAAGGGGCCACUGGACUCGGCAUCGGAGGAGGAUGGACCAAGCGCCAGCGACAUCGAGCAGAAGGGGCCACUGGACUCGGCAUCGGAGAAGGAUGGACGAAGCAGCAGCGACAUCGAGCAGAAGGGGCCACUGGACUCGGCAUCGGAGAAGGAUGGACGAAGCAACAGCGACAUCGAGCCGAACGGGCCACUGGAGACGGCAUCGAAGAAGGAUGGACCAAGCAAGAGCGACAUCGAGCAGAAGAGGAAGGGCCCACGACGGGAGAAGGAUGGACCAGGCAAGAGCGACAUCGAGCAGAAGAAGAAGGGCCCACUGGACUCGCCAUCGGACCAGGAUCUGCCAAGCGACUUCGACAGCCCCACGAAUCCCGAGUGGCUCCCCGAGACUAUGAUGGACGCAGAGGAUGAUCCCAUGGCAGAGCCGUUCAUGUCCAGCAGCGAUGAGGACCCUGCCCGGAACAACAAGAAGCGGCCAAACCUCAUGAUGGUGAAGGCGGAGGAGCACAGCGAGGACGACGAGGCAUGCAGCACGCCCACGUCGAUUGCGGAGCUCAUGGGAUUGAACAAAGAUAUGAUGCAUGCUGAUGUCGAGCCAGUUGGAGAGCAGGGAUAUCGAAGCAUGCAGGCCCGCAAGGCGGCCGCGAAGGCCGAGGCCGCGAAGCCCGUGAAGGCCAAGGCGAAGGUGCUCAGAAAGAAGGGCAGCUUCAGACGCGUGCUCAAGCGUCGCAAGAAGAAAGCCGCCAAGAAGGCGGCCGAGGAGCCCACGGACCGUACCGAUGUCAUGUUUCACAAGUACAACCUCAAGGACCUGGCCGUGCCCAAAGACGCCUUCCCACAGGGACCAACGAAGGGACUCCACUCCUACACGAUCCGCAGCCCGAGCCAGAAGUGUGCAAUAGAGGUCCUUUGCAGGAAUAAAGCCUUCUAUGCCAAAAAGAUCCACCCGGACCUGGCAGCUGACGCGGGCCACAAAGUGGGGCAAGUGGGCUGGAAGACGGCCUGGCCGCAGUGGAUAUAUGUGGACCUCGAAGAUUCUGUGGAAGGACCGAUCAUGGCUGGCCGAUAUGCGAUCCCACAUGACAUCGUCUACAACGAGCGCACGAUGAAUAUCCUCAGCUCCCUGGGCUAUUGCAAUGCAUUGUUUGAGUGCCUUCGACUGGGGGUGUUCUGGAUAUUGGAACAACCAGAGCGGUCAUUGAUGGAAUCCCAUCCUGCCAUUCAGCUGCUCUUUGGCUGUGUGAAAUGCUAUCGAGUAUCUAUUCAGAUGGAAGAUUUCGAUCGGAAGAUACUGGAGAAGCUUCCACGAUUCAAGCCACCGGUGGAAGACCUUCCCACCGAGGAGCAGAAGAAGGGAUGGGAAAUGUCAGUGCAUUACACCGACGAGACCGGAUGCAAGCGUGUGAAUGGCGGCCGAAACCUGAAGGGCUCACAAGCCUAUCCGAGACAGUUUGGCAUUGCUUUGUCAUCCUUGCGGACGGAGUACGAUGCUGAGAUCAAGCAGCAGGCUUGGGCAGAUCUCGCUGAGGCUCUGAAGCAGCCUUUGCGGCUUCCUGCAGAGUGUAAGCCGUCGAAGCUUGAAGUGUCCCGGCACGAAAGACUCAUGGUCUCCUUGCAGAAGUGUGCUACUAAGAGUAGCCUCGCAGCCCCUCCUGUUGCGAUUAAGAAGGGCCGAAAAGAACAGCAAGAAACCGAAGUCGCAAAGGAAAAGAAGGAAAGCAAGGAGAAGAAGGAAGUCAAAGAGAAGAAGGAAAGCAAAGAGAAGAAGGAAAGCAAAGAGCAGAAGGAAAGCAAAGAGCAGAAGGAAAGCAAAGAGCAGAAGGAAAGCAAGGAGAAGAAGGGAAGCAAAGAGAAGAAGGAAAGCAAAGAGCAGAAGGACUGCAAGGAGAAGGAGGAAAGCAAAGAGAAGAAGGGAAGCAAAGAGAAGAAGGAAAGCAAAGAGCAGAAGGAAAGCAAGGAGAAGGAGGAAAGCAAAGAGAAGAAGGACAGCAAAGAGCAGAAGGUCAGCCAGGAGCAGGGAGGAAACAAGGAGAAGAAGGGAAGCAAAGAGCAGAAGGAAAGCGCAGAGCAGAGGGACCACAAGAACAAGAAGGACAGCAAAAGGGGAGUGCAGGAGGCAAGCAAGGAGCAGAAGGAAAGCAAGGAGAAGAAGGCAAGCAAAGAGAAGAAGGAAGACCAGACGGCCAAGAAGCGGAAGAAGGAAGGCACAAGCAAGCAGGACAAUGAAACGGCGGAAGCCUUCGAUGAGGUGGCAUUCCUGGAGGCGGAGCUUGCAGCUCGGGAGCUAGCGGAAGCCCAAGAGGACUCGGAGGUUUCAGAUGGCGAGGCACCCGAAGCUUCGGAAGAAGCCAAGGACGAUGAAGAGGAGGACGAGCCAGAGCAGGAGGAGACCAGUGCUCCAAGGACCCCAGGUGCCGGCGCUUUGGACAGUGACGAGGAGCUGCCUCAGUCGCAAGAUUGUGUCUUGGACGAAGAGGACAUGCAGUCCGACUCGUCAAGCGACCAGUCGGAGGAGAACGUGGACGGCGACUCCUUGAGUGACGCUGAGGACACAAAGGCGUUGAGUACGGCCGUGGCGACUGAGCCCGUUCGGAACAGUGCCACACACAGGAAGGAAUGGGCGGUUUUUGAUCGUGCCAUUAAGAACCGCCAGAAGUUCCCCGUCGCUCUGAGCAACUAUGCGAGCAAGUCCAAGACGGAUUUGUUUGCUGCAUGGCUCGAUUGCAAUGGCAAUUGGGAUGUUCUUGCUAUUCAGGGAAAGGACUUGAAGACAAAGUACACAGACGAGGCAGAAGACUUUUCCGUUUCCGGUUGCACAGUUCAGGCUGAACACAUUUGCCAGGCAAUGUACAAGCAAGUGAUUGCAGCAAGAAAAGCCGAAGGCCGCUGGUACAAAGACAAGGACUUCCCCGAGAACGAAGAUGAAGCAUGGUAUUACAUGCCGAAGGGCCACCUGCUGCGGCUUGACAAUGCCACGAGCGAAGAACAAAAGUUGUCUGUCGAACAAGGUAUGGAUGAGGACUUGGCGAAGGUACUGGAGGAGAACAACCUGCUUCAGGCAGGCACCUUGCCUGCGGUACACGCAGCCACUGAGGCUGGCGAGAAGGCGCUUCUGGCCUUCUUCGAUGAGGGUGCUGCUGUGGCAAAGCGAACACCGAAGCCCAGGAAGGACAAGGAGUCAACGGAGGAUGCCAAGGAGAUGGAACCGAAGACCGUGCGCCAGCUGGUGGCAGAAGCGAAGCCGGAGAUCCUGAAGGAUGCUUCGAAAGCUCGGGAAACCUCCCUCACCCUGAACAACCUCAACUACGGUGAAAAGUUGGCCGAACAGCUGCUGAAUUACUCCAGGCAGAUGGAGCUGACCUACAAGAGGCUAGCUGAGCUGGAGGCAAAGGAGAGCACCGAGGAUGCCGAGUUGAACAAGUUUCUGAAGUAUGUGGCCAAGAAGAAGCCAUGGUUCCAGCAAGCCCAGGCAGCAGCAAACGGCCUGCAGUCUGGAUUGACAGCAAAGAAGAAGAAGGCAGGAGCCAAAGCAAGCGCCAAAGGUGCUGCUGCGAAGCCUGCCGCAAAAGCGGCUAUGAUUCGGGAUGGGAUUCCAAAGGAAGCUGUCUCUGCUUUUGCGGCGUGCUUCUAUGGAUUUCGCGGGGACCAGAAAGCGAGACGGGAGUGUCAUUUCUUUACACGGCACUACAACUGCAAUCUGCUUUGCGACCAAUGCGUUGCCAUCAAACCAUCAAAGAAUAUGGUCCGUGGGAUGAACUACAAGAACUUUUCUGCGAAUGCUCCUUUUCUUCUCACGACUAUCAGUCACGAAACGUAUUUGAACACAACUUCAGCGAGUGACCUGUCGCCUUGGACGGCGAUGCCAGGCUGGAGACUUGAGAAUACGUUUUUCGAUUGGAUGCAUGUAGUCCUGCUUGGAGUGGGAAGAGAUGCUGUUGCUGCCGCCAUCAAACUGAUGGUCAUGCGGGGACUGAUUGGCUGGGAUACAAAGCGAGCAGAUCUGAAGAUGUUGACACUUUGGAUCAAGAAAGAAUACAAGAGCCGGAAAUCCUUCUCUGUGAUAUCUUUGACCCCUGCAAAUGCUGGCCUGGAUCCUUGGACCGAAUACCCGGAGCUCGGGACAAUUUUCAAGGCUGCGCAAGUCAAGAUCCUGAUCUGGGGAAUAUCGAGAAAACUCCAGGAGGUGGUCAAGCGCGUUCAGGAGUUCCAUGAUUUGGUGAGAAUGGCUCUGGCAAUGCGAGGGCUCAGUGAAGCUCAGAGUUUGCUGGACAACGGCGGCUUGAAGUUCACUGGAAGCGAAGCACGAAAGUUCGAUGAAAUGGUGCACUUGCAUUUACGAACGUGGCAAAGGCUGGCUGUGAAAUUCGAGGACCUCCUCAUCCCUUUGUGCAACAUCCGGCCCAAACACCACUAUCUACAGCAUCUUGCUCGGUAUGUGCUGCGGACCCGAAUAAAUAUUCGGAUACACCAAAACUUCGAUUCUGAAUCCUACAUGGGGAAAAUCAAACGAAUCGCCUGCAAAUGCCAUUCGACUUCGAUGUUGCUGCGAGUCCAGCAGCGCUACAUCCUGUACUUGGCGUUGCUCUGGGAUCGAGCAAAACGAGCAUCAGUUGGUGGGGAUGUCAGGGCAAAAUCUUUGGAAGAUAUCUUGCUCUUGGAGGAACGAAAACCUUUCAGUAGCAGUGCUGAGAAUGCGAAGCGACGAUGCUUGCGAGGCUGA